UGAGACAUCAGUGACAGGAGAGGACCCCAACUCCGUGGACACCAGAGCUCCGGAAAAAGCCAUUUCGCGAGCCUCCAGGGUAUGGCCUGCCUGAGAAAGCUGUCACCCCACUGACGUUUUCGUAGCAACAACAGCUUCCUCACAGAAGAGGAGGGGGGCCGAUAGAUUAUUCCCAUUGGUCACAGUAGGAAGCUGGGGUCCACGGGGGCAGAGGGCAGGCAGGCGUGGGGACAGACCCCGGAGGGCAGGAGCCGGGGCCACCGCCCCUCCGCCGGCGCCUGCGCGUUGCGGCCCAGCUCCCCGCUUAACCCCGCCCCACCGCUCGAGUUUUCAAAUUUGAAACCUGCUUCUUUUCCCGCCCGAACGUGUGGACCAGCGGCGGGAGAGGGCGGGGCGGAGCGCCAGCCAAUAGGGCAUCAGAGGCUCCUCGACCCCGCCCCGAGGAUGACGACAGCGAGCCUUGAGAAGCCAUGGGCGAAUGGGCGAGCUGCGGCCGGCGGGCCCCGCCCCCGCGGCGCCCACGUGUAGAGGCCGGGCCCGGGGCUUCCAGGGGAUCACCUGGCCCCCAAAACGCCGUGCAAAGUGCGGGGCUAGUCACUAGCACUGGGCUGGAAGCUGAGAUCAAAGACGCCAAUGAGCCGGCGUGGGUGGAUGAGUGAGGCGGGCAAGAAGCAGCACCCGUCAGCCUGAGGGUUCGCUCCAGGGCCAGGCCUGGAGCCGGCGCCCUUACCUGCCCCUGGAGAGUCUGAGACCACUCGGGGCGGGGCGGCUGCCGGAGGUUGGGCUGUGGCUCCGUGGCGGGUUCCAGAGGGGCGGAGCCAAGGGCUGGGCGUUCCCGCGGGCGGGGCUUCCCGGGGGCGGGGUGGGCCCCUGUGUUUGUUGCACCGUGUCAGUUACUUUGAAACAAAAGUGCUGCAGCCGCUGCUCCAGCCCGCACCCUAGGCCAGCCCGCUGACUGCUGUCGCCGACAUGGAACCCGUGGCCAGCAACAUCCAGGUCCUGCUGCAGGCGGCCGAGUUCCUGGAGCGCCGUGAGAGAGAGGCCGAGCAUGGUUAUGCUUCCCUGUGCCCGCAUCGCAGUCCGGGCCCCAUCCACAGGAGGAAGAAGCGACCCCCCCAGGCUCCUGGCGUGCAGGACAGCGGGCGGUCUGUGCACAAUGAACUGGAGAAGCGUAGGAGGGCCCAGUUGAAGCGGUGCCUAGAGCGGCUGAAGCAGCAGAUGCCCCUGGGGGCCGACUGCGCCCGAUACACCACACUCAGCCUGCUGCGCCGCGCCAGGAUGCACAUCCAGAAACUGGAGGAUCAGGAGCAGCGGGCCCGGCAGCUCAAGGAGAGGCUGCGCAGCAAGCAGCAGAGCCUGCAGCGGCAGCUGGAGCAGCUCCGGGGGCUGGCAGGGGCGGCUGAGCGGGAGCGGCUGCGGACGGACAGCCUGGACUCCUCAGGCCUCUCCUCUGAGCGCUCUGACUCAGACCAAGUCUUGCCUGAUGAAAAUGGGGGAACUCCCAACCACAGACCCACUGGAAGAGGAAGUAAGAUCAGUUCCCAUCGCUGACACUGCUGGCCGUGCCAGGCAGUGCACUUAAUCCUCACAACUCGGAGGCUGUUCUGUCUCCACUUCACGGAUGGUGGAAACGAGGCUGAGUGACGUGACUUACCCGAGGUCCAAAAACAGUGGAAUCAAGAUUCCAACCAAAGCCUUCCGACUCCAGAGCUGGGGCUGACUGAAUUCAAUAAGUAUUUAUUGAGUGUCUAUUAUGUGCUAGAUAUUGAGACACUUCAGAGAACAAAACCAAAAGCCCUGCCCUCGUGGGGCUUACAGUCUAGCACUUACCGCCAGUUAACCUGCAGGCUACCUGGAGCCCCGGGCAAGUCACCGCACCUCUGUGCCUCGGUCCUCAGCUGCCCCAUGGGAGAAUAAGCAGACCUGGCACAGAUGUGAAUCACGUGCCUUGCUGUCCUGCAGAUGCCAAACUGCCUCCCCACAACCCACCACCCAGACAGCAGAUAGGGCUGGAAGUUGAUUUUGAAUGAUAAAGUACAAUGGAGGGAGGGCAGAGGGGCUAAGCCUCGCUGUCUGGGGUGCUGUGGUGGUGGUGGGCUGGCUACACAAACUGCUGCUGCUGCUGCUGCUUCUUGGUGGCUGCCUUGCUGGCAAGGUCCUUGGCCUUCUCUGUAGCUGCCAGUGCCGUCUCCUUUGCCUUCUCCUUGGCUUCCUUGGCUGUCUCAACAAGUGUUUUGGAAGGCGCCUCGCCUGUCGUGAAGGGCAGGCGGCCGGCUUCAGAGGAUGCCUGAAAGACCAACCUCAUUUCCCUCCCCCAUGCCACUGACCUCCCCUGGGCCAGGCUCCACUAAAAAGGUGGUAUUCACCCUCCUCCCACCCCCAGUACAGACAAGAAGUCCCAACUCAGAGCAGGGCAAUGACUGACCCAGACUCCACACCUGCUAGGCUGAAUGAGCCUCGCCCUACGAGGAAUCUCCACAUACCCAGAAACUCACCUUGUAGCUUCGCCAAGAUAUAUUCAAAACCCUUCAUAGUCUUGGUCACAUUACUUUUGAAUCGGGCAAGACCAAAUUCCUGCCAUAAGAUGAGAAGGGGAAGGAUACUGAGUUGCCCAUUGACCCCAGCCCAGCCCCAAUACCGAAAGCACUGGGUCCCAGGGCCCCAACAGCCCCAACAACACUGCUUACCUGGACAGCUCUGGAGACACCAAAUAAGCUAGAGGAGACCCAGGCUUCCCGGCGGAUUUCGGUCCAGCCACUGUUGUCAGAGUUCACACAGUAAACACAUCGUUCCUCCACCACCUAUGCAGAGAGGCCAACCACAACCGUGGAAGAGUCUUUCAUUUUGCCAACUUGCACAUAAAUUUGACUCCCUGUCUCUUUUCAUGAGGCGAAGCGAUACAAUGAAAAUCCAUUCCUUCCCCUGACUGCACCACCAAGUGGCACUGACAAGAGCACAAAGCCAUAAAUAAGGUCAUUUUGCUCUCGAAAACUUCUCUUCUGACCCUUAAAACUGAAGGCAAAAGGUCUCUUAAGAUCAACGAAGGGCCUUCCAGCCCGUUCUGCUCCUGGAUUUUGUUUUAUGCAUCUAUACACAUGCAGUGUUUUAGUCGCCUUCCACCGACUGCAGCUCUGGAGCUUCCUGACAGUCCAAAUAAAAACACUGGCCC